CCAGCCCCUAAAUCCCUGUUUGUUACGCCUGUGGCUUUUCUAAAAGGCCAGGACUGGGGAUGGGACAGAGACGGGGACCUGGCAGGACAUGGGGACCCUCUGGUGGGCACCAAGCCCGGGGACCGGCAUGGCUGCGGGGUGCUGGCCCGAGCCCCCCUGGACCUACCGCCGCAUCGCCGGGGAGUACGCGUACCUGGAGAAGCGCUUUGUGGCCGAGCUGGCCCCCCCCUGGCCCCCAGUGCCCUCCAACCCCCCUUGUCGCCUGCAGGACUUCACCGCCCGGCCCCGGGUACCCCCCACCCCCUGCCCCCCGCGACAGCUCGAGGGGCCAGGGGGCAGCGGACCCUGGGGGGACACCCUGUGCCCGCGCCUCGGCCCCCGGUGUCGGGGGACAAGCUGGGCCCCCCCACCUACGAGGUGCACAUGCAGCGGGUGCAGGCAGCCCACGCCCGCCGUGGGGCACCCCCCCCUUACAUCGCACCCCCCGCCUAUGACGGUCCCCACCGCACCCUGCAGCUCCGGCCCCCGCGGGGACCCCGCAGCCCCCCGCCGGCACCGCGGGCCCGGAGGGCUGUACCGGGGGGCUGGAGCCACACACUGCCCCGGGCGGCCACCGAGGCCAAGCACCGGCUGUCCCCAGGAGGGCCCGGCACCCCCCGGCACUGCCAGACGCUGCCGCGGGCAGCAACCGGCCGGGAGCGGCUGCCGGGGCGCGGGAGGGGGCAGCGGGGCACGGGGGGACACGUCCUCAUCGACGCCACCCGCGUGGUGGUCCGGGCCCAGUACGUGCCACCCCCGCAGCGACAGCAGGUCCGCUAUGCCAGGGGCUCCCUGGGGCCUGGCACCCCUCCUCGCAGUCCCUCCGUGCCCUCCGGGGUUGGCAGCCCCUCUGCCGCUCCCUCGCCCCCCCGGCAGCCCUCCGGCGGCCCGGGGCAGAGCCCGGGGGGCUGCCGGGGUGGCCGCGGGCGGCGGCCGGUGCUGUACGCCCAAGCGCUGCGCGAAGCCGUGUCCCGCAUCCGCCGGCACACGGCGCCCGACUCGGACUCGGAUGCCGAGGGCAGCGUGGGGGGGUCCCGGCAGCGGCUCUGCCGAGACCCCCGCGCCUACAGCAGCAGCAGCAGCAGCCUGGAGAGCACCGGAGCCGCCCCGGGCCCCGCCAGCCCCACCCCGGCCUGAGCGAUGGGGCUUGGUGGGGUGUGGCACCUCGGGGCGGGGCUUGGCGGGGUGUGGUCCACAGGGGCGGGGCUUGCCGGGGUGUGGCACCUCGGGGGCGGGGCUCAGGACCGCAGUUCCCACGGGCUGACCCCAAUAAAAGCUCCGCGAUCCCGG